UUAUGAGGCAGUAUAAACGACGGAAAGAUGGAACCACAGCGACAGAAAUUACUCGAGGACCAGUCUUUGAGUUCUCAGGCAGUGGAGAGGGAAGACCAACAAAUCCCGAGGAAAUAUUGCGGGUGAUCGUGGACCUAAGGGAGAUUAUAACGCAGCAAAGCAACACUAUUCAGAAAAUAGCUGCAGACCUAACUAAGAUCAAGGCUGACCAACAACACCUAAAAAGCCAAAAUGCGGACCUGCAGGAAGAAGUGCUGGCCCUAAGAACGAAGCUCAACACGUUGCUGGGAACAGGACUCAGAUCAUGGGUGGAGGUGGCAGCCCGCGAACCCCCGCAAGGACCCAACGCAGUCCCUAGACCGCCCAAGAAAGAACUUAACUGCGUCUGAAUCAGCACACGACGAGCCCCUGAUGAUGACGAAGACGGAAACAACUACUUCGGAAGAUACCUCCCAACAGACAUGGCCAAUGCAAAAAUUAGAUCGGCU